CAUCCUGUUUAUGUCACUCCGUGUUAUUUUAUGGUUGUCCAGUCAACAAGAAACACGUGCAUUGUAUUUCUAAUCUAAUCUGUCCUGGAUUAUUUUCUAGCUAUCCUUAGCUAGAUUCAACAGCAGGGCUAGUUUCCUGCUAUCGUGGUUUUUAAAGGCAGGAUUUUAACAUUUUAUCGGCACGGUUUUUAGGACCUGUCGGAUAAAUACAACUAAGGUUUAAGCUAGCAAAAGCACAGCUCAUGCUAGCACCUAAUUAGACAUGCUAGCGCCUAAUUAGCAACCUAGCCGUGAGAACAUUGCACCGUUGGGCUAACGUUUACUAGCCGUCGAGCUAACGAGGCUACGUUGCCACAAGAAUGGAUGACUCCGGUAUCAAGAAGCAGAACUGGGACGUGAAGGAGACGGAGUUAUUUCUGGAAAUCCUCAAGGAGCUGGACAUGAAGAAAUGCUUAGACGGUAGGAAAGUGAGGAAUAACAAACUCUUCAAGGUGGCACACAGGAGAAUGACAGCGGCCGGUUAUCACAGAUCUGUGGACCAAUUAAAGUUUCGCUGGAAACUUCUCAAAAGUGCGUAUUACAAGUGCAAGAGAGAACCCGACUCCCCGGCGCCGACCAAAAUACAGGGUUGGUGGCGCUAUGAAAAGACAAUGAUAGCUAUCAUGGAGUCCAGACACCCCCUGGUCGGAGCUGGGGUCAACUCUGACAGGAAUGAUGAAGUGACAGAAGACUCGGAUGGAGAAGCCUCAAUGCUGCACUGGCCGCAGCCCUGCGCGGACAAUUCCACUCAGAACCUGGAUUUAAUUAUCAAAAUGGACCCUGAGAUGGACUCGCAGCUGAAGAUUGGAUUUAUUGGUGCAGGGAACAUGGCCUUCGGCAUCGCAAAGGGCAUCUUGUCUGGAAAUGUUCUCCCUGUGAACGUCAAAGUGAGCGCACCAUCCUCCAGGAACCUGGGACGCUUUCAGGAGCUCGGGAUUCCCAUCACUCACUCCAACAUAGAGGUGGUCUGUGGGUCAGAUGUGGUUUUUGUAGCAGUCAAACCUCACCUGGUCCCACUAGUUCUUAAUGAGAUCUCACAACAUGUCACUGACCGACACAUUAUUGUGUCUGUUGCAGCAGGAGUAACACUGUCAACACUGGAAGAGCUCCUGCCAGAGAAUUCGGUUGCCAUCAGGCUGAUGCCAAACCUCCCAUGUUUGGUUCAGGAAGGGGCUCUCCUGUUCGCGCGGGGAUCCCAUGCAAAACAGGAGGACGGAGCUCUGCUUCGCUCCUUGUUGCACCGCUGUGGUUUGGUGGAGGAGGGACCUGAGUCCUGGAUUGACAUCCACACUGGACUGAGCGGGAGCGGAGUCGCUUUUGUGUAUCUGUUUGCUGAAGCGCUGGCAGAAGGAGCUGUUAAAAUGGGAAUGCCAAGUGCUCUGGCACACAGCAUUGCAUCUCAAACUGUUCUGGGUGCUGGGAGGUUGUUGCGUGACUCCGGGAAGCAUCCAGCUCAGCUCCGCUCUGAGGUCUGUACGCCAGGCGGAACAACCAUCUACGGGCUUCACACCCUGGAACAGGGCGGCGUGAGGGCGUCGACCAUGAGCGCCGUGGAAUCUGCCACCGAAAGAGCCAGGGAGCUGGGCCGAAAGUCAGCUGCAGGAUGCAGGAAAUGACGGCUGCUGUUUUCCUUUUAAUAGCCGCUCUAAUGGACCUAAUUCAAGCCUAACAACAAACUGACUUUUUGUCUCAAACAAUCACCGUGGAACACAAAGACAAAACAGGACUUUUUUAUUUCAUUUUCCCCCUUUUAUUUUUCCUAUAAAGGAGUGCAGUUGGUGCUUUUUCCAUGUCUUUGACCAGAGGGAUUUGUUCUGAGCAAAAAGGAAAUGUUGGUUUAGUCUUGACAUUGACAAGUAAAUUAUUUGAUCACGACCCUGUGAUUUGUUUGACAGAACGGCUACUUUCACAUGCACAACAAAUAAUCCAAUCUUUUCAGAUUUAGGCAGUAAUGCAAGUUAUGAUGUAACCCAAAAUGAUUAUACCCAUAGUUGUGGAAGUUCAGAUCAGAAAACAAUGCACAGCACUUCUAUUUUAGUAACAGUGAUUGGUCACCAUGUUAAGAUGUGAGUUUGAAUACAGAAGAAAACACUAACACAUUAAUUAACACACACAGCAAUGUGGAGAGGAAGCCUUCAGCCAUUAAUCAAACUAUACUCUGUGGCACCAAUCAGUUGAAGAGGCGACUUGUACAAACUUCACAUUUGGAGUAAUGCCUUAAGAGCCAUGAUUGGGUUACUAUGUGCAUGUAAUGUGGAGUACAGAAUGGAAGUGAAAUGUGUGAAUGUAUUUAAUUCUGUUAAAAUAUAGUAUUUAAUAUUUGGCCAAAUGAAGCAUAAAACUUAAAUUUUGGAUAAUUUAAGAAUGAUCGUGGUUGUGCAGCUGCUGAUAGUUUAUGUCCCAGGUGUAGUUGACAUCUAGGUGCUGGCUGUGUAUAUAACACAGUGUUGGAAAAAAAAAUAUUAAUGACCUACAAUGCCAAGUGUAUAGAAUGGGUUUUCAUAAAGUGUCAUGUGA